AUGGUUGGGCUGUCAACAUGGUUUCGCUACAUUGCCACCAAAUUCGAGUACUCUGUCUCGCUCACCCGAAAGACCUAUAUACAAGGUCAAAUUGCAGAUACGGAGAUUCUCGAUAUGAUAUGGAGGAAUGUUUUCCAUGGAAAGUUGACAUUUUUGCAUUGGAAUAAAGGAGAAGAGAUGGUCCCAUCAAUUGGCAGCUAUGAUGGAACUCUUCUUGUUCGGAAAAUUCCAGCUGCAAAUCCUACUCGAGUUCAUGUUGGUGAUGUGGUGGUACUAAAGGACCCAAUAAACUCAGGCAAUUAUCUUGUUCGGAGGUUAGCUGCUAUUGAAGGAUACGAGAUGGCAUCGACUGAUGAGAAGGACGAACCUUUUCUACUUGAAAAUGAUCAGUGUUGGGUAUUAGCCGACAAUAAAGACCUAAAACCAAAGGAAGCCUAUGAUAGUCGAACUUUUGGUCCGGUUACCAUGGAAAACAUAGUUGGCCGUGUCAUUUAUUGUCUGAGGAAUGCUGUCGAUCAUGGGCCAGUCAAUAACAGCCAUUUUAGUGAGAUGAAGGAUUCACCUAUUCUAGAAGUGGAACUGGACGUGGAGGAGAUGGCCAAAAAUCACAAAAUGUAG